AUGCCAUCCGAAGGUGGGGCUGAUCCUGACCGAGAACCAAAAAGGCCGGACAUCCUCGAGAAAAAAUUCCUGAAUGCGGGUCCGGCAGAGCCAGACUCUUCGGAGGAAGUUGGGGAGGAAACGAGCGACGAGGCACUGCUCCUUGACAUGGGGAUCAAGGGUUCAGCAUCCUUCUCGUCCACGGAGGGUGAGGGUCCUGAGGAGACAUCUAUAUCUCUGAAUACAGUGGACAGUGUGGAUAGCUUUGUGGCAGAUAUCAGCAGCGGACACUGGGACAGUGUCUUAAAAGCUGUGCAGUCUCUUAAGCUCCCAGACAAAAAGCUGAUUGAUCUCUAUGAACAGGCAAGUGGGAUAAUGCAACAUGCAUGUAUGAGGAACUCUUCCUGUGUUGUUUUUAUCGUCUGUGUAUUCUCCCUUCUUGAGCUGAGCUGUUGGUUCUUCUAUUCACAGGUGGUACUGGAGUUGAUUGAGUUACGUGAGCUGGGAGCUGCAAGAAGUCUUCUUCGUCAGACCGAUCCCAUGAUCAUGAUGAAGCAGCAAGAGCCAGAUCGAUAUCUGCAUCUAGAGAACUUGUUGGCUCGCUCCUAUUUUGAUCCCCGAGAGGCAUAUUCAGAUGGUAGCACAAAGGAGCGGAGAAGAACUGCCAUUGCUCAGUCUCUUUCUGGGGAGGUGUCAGUCGUGCCACCUUCACGUCUCCUGGCACUGCUGGGCCAGGCUCUCAAGUGGCAGCAGCACCAGGGUCUCCUCCCUCCUGGAACAACUAUCGAUUUGUUCAGAGGGAAAGCAGCCAUAAGGGAGCAAGAGGAGGAGAAAUGCCCAACCCAAAUGUCCCGCCAGAUCAAAUUUGGAACCAAAUCACACCCAGAAGUUGCACGCUUCUCCCCUGAUGGUCAAUAUCUCAUCACUGGGAGUGUGGAUGGCUUCAUUGAAGUUUGGAACUUCACCACAGGCAAGAUACGAAAGGAUCUCAAGUAUCAGGCUCAGGACAACUUCAUGAUGAUGGAGGAAGCAGUGCUGAGUUUGGCCUUCAGCCGAGACUCAGAGAUGCUAGCAUCGGGAAGUAAGGAAGGAAGGAUCAAAGUGUGGAAGGUCCAAACAGGGGCAUGCCUGCGGCGAUUUGAGAAGGCCCAUUCAAAGGGAAUCACUUGCUUAUGCUUCUCCCGAGAGAACAGCCAGCUGCUGAGUGCUUCCUUUGAUAUGACAAUCAGGAUUCAUGGCCUGAAGUCUGGAAAGACACUGAAGGAAUUCCGGGGUCACACUUCGUUUGUGAACGACGUGAUGUUCAGCUCUGAUGGGCAUCACAUCCUCAGUGCAUCUUCAGACGGGACAGUGAAGGUGUGGAGUGUGAAGAGCACUGAAUGUGUGAACACGCUCAAGUCCCUGGGUGGGAGUGGAGGGGAAACAACUGUGAACUCUGUGAUUCCUAUCCCCAAGAACCCAGAGCACUUCAUUGUCUGCAACCGCUCCCCCACUGUUGUCAUCAUGAAUAUGCAGGGACAGAUCGUGAGAUCCUUCUCGAGCGGUAAGCGCGAAGGAGGAGACUUCGUCUGCUGCACCCUCUCGCCCAGGGGAGAGUGGAUCUACUGUGUCGGUGAGGAUCUCGUGCUCUAUUGCUUCUCCAUCUCCUCGGGGAAGCUGGAAAGAACCCUCACGGUUCAUGAAAAAGAUGUGAUUGGGAUCUCCCAUCACCCCCAUCAGAACCUGAUCGGAACAUACAGCGAAGAUGGGCUGCUCCGGCUUUGGAAGCCCUAAAUGCAACUCAAGUGCAUUGAAUUGCAAAAGUCAGAUGUUAAUCAUGUGGAACUUGGGUAUUCUGGAAGUAAAGACUACUGUCUUUUUCAC